AUGAAUGUCGGUGCGCGAUGUCGUAGCACGCGCCCAGGUUCUCUUUCGUUCUUGAGGCGCUCCGUGCGACAUUCAUCGUGGCAGUCGGCUGUGGAAAGCAAGAACGUCAGCGUCAACGCUCUGGUCUAUGCUGCUCCAGCAGUGUCGCCGUCUCAUGACACUACUUUACCUCUGCAUGGCUUCUCCUUAGCUGUGAAGGACAUCAUAUGCACGAAGUCAAUGCCGACGACGUGCUCUUCGGUGAUGCUGCGAGGGUUCAAGCCACCUUUCGACGCUACUGUCGUGGAGCUUCUGCAAGAUAACGGGGCGGUCAUUGUCGGCAAAGCCAACUGCGAUGAGUUUGCAAUGGGCUCGUUGAAUAUACACUCCGUGCACGGUCCAGUUAUCAAUCCGUAUCAACCAACGCAUAACUCUGCUCCAUGGGCAGACCGAGAACGGAGAUCUGCCGGCGGAAGCUCUGGAGGAAGUGCCGCCGCUGUAGCUGCUGGCAUGUGUGACGCUGCUCUAGCUACUGAUACAGGCGGUUCGAUCCGGCUCCCUGCUUCUUACUGUGGUGUCGCAGGACACAAGCCAUCCUACGGACUAAUCAGCAGGUGCAUUGACAUGCGCAGUCCAAUCGAAUUCACCGCUCACUUCUCCAGAUGGGGAGUUGUUUCCUUUGCCGACAGCUUAGAUUGCGUCGGCGUUGUAGCACAGAAAGUGCGAAGUAUUGAGAAGAUACACAACGUGCUUUCCAAGUAUGAUCCUAAGGAUCCCACUUCCGCUAAACCAGAGGUUAGGGAGCGUGCUUUACAAAUAUGCCAGGAAUAUCGGGAACAAUUUGAUAGUGGCAGUUCAUUGUCAGGUUUGCGCAUUGGGAUUGCCAAGGAGUACUUCCCUGCGGAGCUGCAACCCAGUGUGGUCAAUCCUAUCAGACGCCUGUUAGAUGCUUUGAAGUCUCGGGGCGCUUCCCUUGUUCCAGUUUCCUUACCUUCGACGCCAUAUGCGUUGAGUGCGUAUUACGUCAUCUCCAGUGCAGAGGCAAGUAGCAACAUGGCCAGGUACGACGGGAUUGAGUAUGGCUCUUUCACAGAACUGCCUCCUGGUGCGGACGCAACCAAGGCCGCCAACGUGUACGCGCACACACGUUCUCGUGGGUUUGGUAAGGAAGUCCGAAAGCGCAUGUUGCUUGGGACGUACGCCUUGUCAGCAGAUGCGUUUGACAAUUACUUUCUCCAAGCUCAGCAAGUUCGCAACCUCAUUAAAUCUGACUAUGACCGAGUCUUCCGCGUGCCAAACCUCCUCGCUACUCCUGUCAACACCAAUUCAGCGUCGCUUGACAAUGACGGAGUGCACGUAAUGAUCCAUCCUUCUGCAAUCCGGACGGCACCUCCUUUACCUGCUGAGACGGAUGUGCAGUCUCCAUUAAGCCCCGGAGACGGGUUGGAUACAUACGUCCAAGACGUCUUGACAGUCCCAGCAUCUUUAGCUGGGCUGCCGGCUCUCAACAUCUCGGCGGGCGUCGGAGAAGACGGCUGGCCUGUAGGGGUUAGCGUCGUCGGCCAAUGGGGCUGUGACCAGAUGGUGCUGGAUGUCGGAAAAAUAUGCGAGGAAUCUAUCCCCGACUAG